AAAACAGUUCAAAGUUCACUAGGUUAAAGUCCAGGUGCUCACAGUUCAUCAGCGCGUUGGAGUCAGUGUUUUACGUAACUGUUGUGUGGCUUUAGUGCACAUAUAACUGUCGUGAACGACAAUAUUAAAGGUGGACAACAUGGGGAAUGUGGUGUCUUUAGUAGAAAGCAGUCCGCUGGCUCGCGACGCGGCCGUGGCGUUCGGCGUGCAGUGGGCGCUGUUUCCAAUCGCCGCUUACUUUCAGACGGAAAAAUUCUUCGACUUGGCAGGUGGAGGUACCUUUGCCCUGUUGUCCCUGCUGAGUCUGAGGUGGGGCGGGCGAUACUACCAACGUCAGAAGAUCCAGACAGGCAUGGUCUGUACCUGGGCUCUCAGACUCUCCCUGUUUUUGUUCCACCGGGUGCUGAAGGCAGGCAGCGACAGCAGAUUCAAGCAUGUCAAGAAGAAUCCUAAGAUGUUCCUACUAUACUGGACCAUACAAGGCCUGUGGGUUUUUGUCACACUCCUCCCCACCCUCCUCCUAAAUGAUGAAAAGAGUAACCCUGCCCUGGGGGAGAGAGACUAUGCUGGGUGGGGGCUGUGGGCACUCGGCAUGCUGGUGGAAAUCAUCGCUGAUUACCAAAAAUCUGCAUUCAAGAACAACCCAGCCAAUAAGGAUAAGUUCAUCCAGAGUGGUCUGUGGUCCCUGAGUCGUCAUCCCAACUAUCUGGGAGAGAUUCUUCUCCAAACUGGUCUCUACAUCUCUGCGUCUUCCGUGUUCCGUGGUUACCAGCACCUGAGCGCGGUGUCCCCCGUGUUUGUGUUCCUUCUCCUGACACGUCUGAGCGGGAUCCCCAUACUGGAACGUCAGGGCAUGAAACGCUGGGGACAGAACCCAGCUUACCUAGCCUACAGGCGCAACACUGCUGUUCUUAUCCCAUACAUCUGGUAGUGUUAAGCAAUAGUUUCUUCAUCAGUAUGUCUCCAUCAGGACUUUUCAAGAAUCUCUUAAGGUUUACCUAAUAUGUCAUGUAUUUUGAUACCUGAAAGCCAUGAAGACAUUGUCUAUACUUGAUAGUUCCAAACGGAUUUAUUUCUUACAUACAAUUUGUGCUGUUAUCACUGUCAUAAUCUCUGAUGAAUAAAUGAUGGUUAUCUUCAUGCG